CUCCGCCGCGAUGUCCGAGACCGCUCCCGCCGCCGCCCCCGAUGCGCCCGCGCCCGGCGCCAAGGCCGCCGCCAAGAAGCCGAAGAAGGCGGCGGGCGGCGCCAAAGCCCGCAAGCCCGCGGGCCCCAGCGUCACCGAGCUGAUCACCAAGGCCGUGUCCGCCUCCAAGGAGCGCAAGGGGCUCUCCCUCGCCGCGCUCAAGAAGGCGCUGGCCGCCGGCGGCUACGACGUGGAGAAGAACAACAGCCGCAUCAAGCUGGGGCUCAAGAGCCUCGUCAGCAAGGGCACCCUGGUGCAGACCAAGGGCACCGGCGCCUCCGGCUCCUUUCGGCUCAACAAGAAGCCGGGAGAGGUGAAGGAGAAGGCUCCUAGGAAGCGAGCGGCUGCUGCCAAGCCCAAGAAGCCGGCGGCCAAGAAGCCCGCGGCUGCUGCCAAGAAGCCCAAGAAGGCGGCGGCAGUGAAGAAGAGUCCCAAGAAAGCCAAGAAGCCGGCGGCCGCAGCCACCAAGAAGGCGGCCAAGAGUCCUAAGAAGGCCGCGAAGGCCGGUCGCCCCAAGAAGGCUGCCAAGAGCCCGGCCAAGGCAAAGGCGGUGAAGCCCAAGGCUGCCAAGCCCAAGGCGACCAAACCCAAAGCAGCCAAGGCGAAGAAGACGGCAGCCAAGAAGAAGUAAGUUAUCCCAGAAGAGUCCUGCUCUACAUAUUUUGAUAUCCAACGGCUCUUUUAAGAGCCACCCACACUUUCCCUAAAGGAGCUGAGCCACCGAGGUCGUCAGAAACCUGCACGGAUCCAGCAAUUCGUAAGUCGUCAGAGGUCAAUUGCCUUUUCCCCUCCGAUUACCGAAACCUAACGAGCACGGUUUAACGCGGCGGCUUUAGGGAAGUGUAGACUUUGUAUCUUUUGCCGAGUAAUUGGUUUGACUACCGUGAAGAAAUGUUUUAUAAUGAUUUGAUAAAAAUCGGGUGACACUUUUUUAAGAAUAUAUUUUGUAACAAAAGUAAUGGAUUUCCCAGGCGCAAGCUACUACUGAGCCACGUCUAAUGUAUUGUGUUGGUCCUCUUUAAGGUGUCUCCUUAAAUGCUUUUGUGUAUUAGGGGAAGACGGGAGAUUUUUCUUACUGACGCGAUAACAGCCCCGAGCUCUCCCAUCUCUUUUGUUCCCGCUGAGACAUAACAGCAGCUUCUGCUGUUGGAAAAGCCCGCCCUGGCCGAGGAUUGGCCACGAGGAGCCCGGCCCGCUGCCCCUUCCCCCACCCACCGCAGACCCCGCCUUGGGCCCGACGCUUUUGGCCCCGUCGAAGAAAGGAACAGGCGUGGGGGAGAAAGGAGGGGAGGGGGCGGGCGGUGACGGGGCCCCCGGAACGCAUUGGUUUCCUUUAGUGCGAUAUACAAACUGAAAGCGUAACGGCGCGUCUCGGGAGAAAUUCCUCUGGGAGAACACUUCGGCACGACUUUGUUAACGGAAGCAUGGAAAGCGUUGCUAUUAUUACCCAACAAAUAAUACUGAUAAUAAACAUAAAAAAAAUAAUAACCA